AUGGAAGAAGCUUCACGUCAACGUAAAGAACGUUUAGCAGCUACACGUAAACGAAAGCUUGCAUCUUCAAAGUCUGAAGAACAAGCGUCAGAAGAACAGGCAUCAGAAGAACAGGCAUCCGAAGAACAGGCUGUUGAAGAUUCUAAUACUGUAAAAAAACCUGUAUUAAAAUUUCGUAAUUAUACUCCAGCAAACGAAGAAAUAAAAGUUGCAGCCAAAAUUCACAUAGCGACACCGAACGAUUUAGGAGAAACUCUAGAAAAAAAUGUGGAUCGCAUCACUAAAGAA